AUGCCCGCCAAAAGUCAUGCAAACUUGGGUGAUGCAUUAGUCAAACAACUUUUAAAGGAUGGAAAUGAGGUGGUGUACAUAAAUUGUUUUAAAAUUGAGAACGCUCCUAGCAGCCUUCGACAGAUAGAUGUGAGUGCAAAUAAGAAUUAUUUGCCUGAGAACGCCCUUAGUAUUACUACAUUAUUAAAAAAAAUUAAUGUUCCUGAUAAUAGGGACGUAGUGAACAGUCUUAUGUUCUUUUUGGUCGCGAAGACUCUGGAAAAUAAGGAAGUGCAGGCGCUUUUGAGUGAUCCAAAGGAACAUUUUGAUGUGGUGAUUGUAGAAUGGAUGUUCAGCGAUGUUUUUGCCAGUUUUGCAUCUUUGUUUGGAUGCCCAUUGAUCUGGGUGUCUUCGGUGGAAGUGAAUUCUCAUAUUUUAAGUCUGAUUGAUGUAAUGCCAAAUCCUGCAUACAGCACAGAUACACUUUCGUCAAGCGUGACUCCUUUUACAUUUAAAGAACGAGUAAAAGAGGUAUGGACAAGAGUAAAAGAAGCCUAUUAUGAUUACAUGUACUACGAUAAACAGCAAAUUGAUAUAUAUAAUGAAUGGGUAGCCCCACAUUUUAUAGCCAGAGGCCGGAAACCUCCCUCCUUUGAAGAAUUUAGGUACAAUGCAUCUUUGGUGUUAGGUAAUUCACAUAUAUCUAUGGGAGAAGGUCUCCGAAUACCACACAACUAUAAGCCCGUUGGAGGGUACCACAUUGAUGAAAAUGUCAAACCUUUACCUAAGGAUCUGAAAAAAAUAAUGGACUCUGCAAAGGAUGGGGUAAUAUAUUUCAGUAUGGGUUCAAAUCUAAAGAGCAAAGACUGGCCCGUUGAAAUCAAGCAAAACCUGUUGAAUAUGUUCGGUACUCUGAAGCAAACUGUGCUAUGGAAAUUUGAAGAAGACCUGCCCAAUGUACCCAAAAACGUUCAUAUAUUGAAAUGGGCACCGCAACAAGGCAUCUUGGCUCACCCAAAUUGCGUCAUUUUCAUUAGCCACGGAGGGCUUCUAUCAACCACAGAAGCAAUAAAUUUUGGUGUACCUAUAAUUGGUAUACCCGUGUUUGGCGAUCAGUUCGUCAAUGUUAAGAGAUCUGUAAAAAAAGGAUUUGCUUUAAAAGUAGACCUAACCUACGAUGUAGCUGAAGCCUUGAAUUUAGCCAUUAAAGAAAUGUUGUCUAAGCCUACAUAUAAAGAAAGAGCGAAGGAAUUGUCGUACAUAUAUCACGAUCGUCCAAUGAAACCUGCUCAGGAGUUGGGACACUGGGUGCGCCACGUAGUGAACACACGAGGAGCUGCUCACUUACGUUCUCCUGCAGUUGUAGUCCCUCUAUAUCAACGAUUAUUCCUAGAUUUAGUGGCUUUAGCAGCAAUAGCUUUGUUUGUGAUUACAAAACUAUUGUGCUAUCUGUGUUCUAUAGUAUUUCCUAAAAAGAAGAUGACUGCACUACUAUACUUCUUGUUGGGUUUAACUCUCACGUUAAAUUCAUGCCAUGCUUAUAAGGCGCUGGUGGUAUACCCAAUGCCCGCCAGGAGUCAUGCAAACUUGGGUGAUGCCUUAGUCAAACAACUUUUAAAGGAUGGAAAUGAGGUGGUGUACAUCAAUUGUUUUAAAAUUGAGAACGCUCCUAGCAGCCUUCGACAGAUAGACGUGAGUUCAAAUAAGGAUUUAUUGCCUACAAAGGCCCUCAGUAUUACUACCCUAUUAGAAAAUGCGGAUAUUCGUGACAACCGGGACAUGGUAAGACGUCUAAUGCUCCAUAUGGUCUCGAAGACUCUGGAAAAUAAAGAAGUGCAGAAGCUUUUGAGUGAUCCAAAGGAACAUUUUGAUGUUGUGAUUGUAGAAUGGAUGUUCAGCGAAAUUUUUGCAAGUUUGGCGCCUUUGUUUGGAUGUCCAUUGAUAUGGGUGUCUUCGGUAGAAAUCAAUUCUCAUAUUUUAGGUUUGAUUGAUGUAAUGCCAAAUCCUGCAUAUAGUGUAGAUAUGCUUUCGUCAAGUAUAACUCCUUUGUCAUUCCAAGAACGAGUACAAGAACUAUGGGGAAGAUUAACAGAAGCCUACUACGAUUAUAUGUACUACGAUAAAAUUCAAUCUGACAUAUAUAAGGAAUGGAUAGCCCCACACUUUCUAGCAAAAAGCCAAAAACCUCCGUCCUUCGAAGAAUUUAGGUACAAUGCAUCUCUGGUCUUAGCAAACUCACAUAUAUCUAUGGGAGAAGGUCUCCGAAUACCGCACAACUAUAAGCCCGUUGGAGGGUACCACAUUGACGAAAAUGUCAAGCCUUUACCCGAGGACCUAAAAAAAAUUAUGGACUCUGCGAAGGAUGGGGUAAUAUAUUUCAGUAUGGGUUCAAAUCUAAAGAGCAAAGACUGGCCCGUAGAAAUCAAGCAAAACCUGUUGAAUAUGUUCGGUACUCUGAAGCAAACAGUGCUAUGGAAAUUUGAAGAAGACCUGCCCAAUGUGCCCAAAAAUGUUCAUAUAUUGAAAUGGGCACCGCAGCAAAGCAUCUUGGCUCACCCAAAUUGUGUCAUUUUUAUUAGUCAUGGAGGGCUUCUAUCAACCACAGAAGCAAUCAAUUUUGGUGUACCUGUAAUUGGCAUACCCGUGUUUGGUGAUCAGUUCGUCAAUGUCAAGAGAUCUAUUAAUAAAGGUUUUGCCUUGAAAGUAGACUUAAGCUAUAAUGUAGCUAAAGACUUGAAUAUAGAAAUUAAGGAAAUGUUAUCUAAGUCUACAUAUAGAGAAAGGGUGAAGGAAUUGUCUUACAUAUAUCACGACCGUCCUAUGAAACCUGCUCAGGAGUUGGGACACUGGGUGCGCCACGUAGUGAACACACGAGGAGCUGCUCACUUACGUUCUCCAGCUGUUGUAGUCCCUCUAUAUCAACGAUUGUUCCUGGAUUUAGUAGCUUUGGUAGCAAUAUCUUUGCUUGUGAUUACAAAACUAUUGUGCUAUCUGUGUUCUAUAGUAUUCCCUAAAAAGGUCAGUACUGUCUUAUACAUCACACAGAAAUCUCGUCAUCAACCACAUAGGAAAAUAUAUCAGUGUUUAUUAAACCUAUCAAUAAGAAAGCAUGAUUAA